CAAUCAUUUGCGAUGUCGAGAACGCCUCCGCGAUUGGCACGAUUGCUUCGUGGACAUUCCUUGCCGCCACCAUGUUGCGCUCCAUCGCCUGCGGUCUCAGCCGUGCUGCCCGCCCAGCGCGUCGUCACUUCUCGUCGGACCUCAACUUGCCCGACAUCAUUAUCACGCGGGACGCUGUGAAGCAAUUGAAUAAGUUAAACGCGACGGCGAACCCGAAGCAGUACCUGCGCGUGGCCGUUGAAGGAGGUGGCUGCUCCGGCUUCCAGUACGUCUUGACUUUGGAGCACGGCACACGAGAGGAAGACGACCAGGCAUUCGAGAAGGAUGGCGCCGAGGUUGUCGUCGACGCCACAUCUAUGGAGUUUCUCAAAGGCAGCACGGUGGAUUUCGUGCAGGAGCUCAUUCGCAGCUCGUUCUCUGUCAUCAAUAACCCGAACGCUGUCAGUGGCUGUGGUUGCGGCACAUCGUUCGAACUCAAGGAGUAAUAGGAAGACUGCAUUUUUCUGUGUACUACGUAGUAAUUGCGUUUGUGCAUUUUACUCCCAGAGUAC